UCUCAUCUGUGAUCUCUGCUAGGAUCUCUGGAACAGUUUUUGUAACAGAUAUCCCAACAGAGCCCAUAGCAUUAGAGAACAUAGGCAGUAGGUUUUCUGGUGAAGAUGGGAUUUCUUGACCAAUCUAAGCAAACUGGGAUUCAGCUGACUGACAGUGUGUGUAGGUCAGAUACCUCACUUUAUCAACACUCGCCUGUAAUUUCGGAUCACCCACUUCUAGGAUUCGUUCAAAAUUUAAAAAUGUCUCGCCUGCAGAUGCUCUGCGGUUUCACUCGUAGUGUCCUCCGCUCCACCAGAACUCAGAGAUAUAUGCUCCGCUGUCUGUCCGACAAUUCCGACACGACUUUUAUCACACUUCCGACGGAUCAAGCCCAAAGUGCGCAGAAGGAUGUCGAAAAGGCGAAGCGCUUGGAACACACAAGUCAUCUGUUUGUGUGGCCGGACCUGAAUGACAAGAACAUGCAUCAUGUGGAAGAGUGCAAGGGAGAUCGCGAUGACGACAUUACCGCUUCGUGGGGCUGGAAAAAUAACGAACUGGACGUGGAGCAAUUGGCGGGUAUGCCCAGUCCCAGUGAGGUGGAGGAUCCGUACAUGCAGCUUGAACAGGAAGCCGAGGACCACCAGCCGUACUUCUCCGAGGAGGAACAUUCCGGGAUCCAGGAGGAAUUGCAAUUUGAAAGAACGCGAAGUCUGCGAGAACAGCUGAGCAAUGAGAUAAACUCCCAAGAACCCUUUACCAGCUUCGAACGGAGCUCCCUUAUUUCCGUGCGGGAGAAUGUGGACUUCAUGAUGCAAGAGCUAAGUCAAAUUUCCCUGCUUUUAAACACGCUUUACACAGAACAAUCCAGUUCGUUCAACAAUUCAAUGGGUGAGGAUCAGAAAUGCCUGGAGGCAGUUUACUCGGGACCAGAGAUGGCUGCUAUGGCAUUCAACCAACCAAAAAUAAAUGAGAACUUGGAGCAUGAAGGAUCAGAUCAAGUCAACCAACUCAACAUGAAUGAGGAUCUGGAUCAGAAGGGAGGAUCUGAUCAAAUCAACCAACCCAAUAUGAAUGAGAAUCUGGAUCAGAAGGAGGAAUCAGAUCAGCCGAUAGGCUUCGAGUUAACCAAUGGGGUAGCUUAUCAACCUGAGCCGGAUGUUAUAGAGAGUUCCGUGAUAACCAAUAAGUCGGAGAAUAUCAAAAGUUCUGUGAUACCUAAUGAGUCGGAGAAUAUCGAAAGUUCUAUGAUACCCAAUGAGUUAAAGGAUAUUGAAAGUUCUGUGAUAACCAAUGAGUCGGAGGAUAUCGAAAGUUCUCUGGUAACCAAUGUUUCGGAGGAUAUCGAAAGUUCUCUGGUAACCAAUGAGUCGGAGGAUAUCGAAAGUUCUCUGGUAACCAAUGAGUCGAUGGAUAUCGAAAGCUCCCUGUUUGCCACUGAGCCCGAGGAUGUCGAGACAUCAGAGCAAAUAACAACUGAGCUAGCACAAGAAACUGGGGAAAGUGACACUAAAGAAUCCAGUCCCUCUAAAAAUACAGAAGGCACUCCCAAGACAGAUGACAGGCCAGACAUUCAACCCAGGGACCCCAUACACACCUACAGACCCUUCAAGACCAUCGAAGUCCCGUCCAAAAAGACCAGUAGUAACCUGUAUUCCGAUUUAAAUGAAGAUCAGGCAUUUAACCAGGAAUCCCUAGCAGUCACGGGUCUCAUGGAUAACCCAGGUUACACCGUAUCUGCCCAACUUACGGAGCCCGAGUCCCGCUUUCUGAUGCGCAUGGCUCUGAAGCAAGCUUUGAACGAUCUGGAGACGGGUAAAAACAAAUACAAGGCCACCAUACUAGAGUCCGAAACUGAGUGAAAUAGAAAAAUAAAUAUAAAUAAAUAGAAGUGAAAAUUAAA